UUCCUGCUGCUGAAGAGGAAUGCAUGUUUAGCUCCGUGCAGCCUGUAAAGAAGAAAGAAAGGAAAAAACAACAAGGAUUACUUUUCAAGCUGUACUAAAGCAGAACCAGAGAGCAAAUCAUUAUCAAUUUCAUUCAUUCAUGCACUCAGAUUUAAUCCUGAGAACGUCUUAAAGGUUGUGUCCUAGUGAAGAUAUUCAAUACUACCAACCUGCUCAGGAAAUCACUUUGGAUUAUCAAAUGGAUGCAGUGGCUAAUGACAGUGACUAUGACUGGCCUCACCCAACAAAGAAUUCUACUGACUUCGUACUCUCUGGAUAUGAUGUAGAGCUGGAGACUAAAGAGGGAGUGCGUGUUUCUCACGUUUCCAUGAGUGUUCUGAACAGCAGUCUCACCUCAGUCUUCAUUCCACUGAUCUACAUCAUCAUCUUCAUUGUGGGGUUACCCACCAACGCCAUGGCCAUCUGGGUGUUCCUUAUUAGAAUAAAGAAGAAACAUCCAGCGUCCAUCUUACUGGCCAACCUCGCACUGGCUGACCUGCUCUUCAUCAUCUGGCUCCCGAUGAAGAUCCACUACCACUUCAAAGGCAACGACUGGACCUUCGGGGAGCAGCUGUGUAAAGUUCUAGUGGGCUUUUUCUAUGGGAACAUGUACUGCUCCACUAUCUUAAUAGCCUUCAUCAGUGUUCAGCGCUACUGGGCAGUUACACACCCACUCUCUCACAAGCUGACCAAUCGUGUAACAGUGUGUGUAUCUGUGUGUGUGUGGAUUGUGGUCUGGAUCAUGACCACCCCGCUCUACCUGUAUGACCAGACUGUUAAAGUCACCAACCUCAACAUCACCACCUGCCAUGACAUCACGCGUCCCAGUCAAUUAAACUUUCCUGUUGGAUACUUUUUGACCAUGGGCAUUCUGGGAUAUGUAGUUCCCUGUUUGGUGUGUGUAGUUGCAUAUCCGCUGACGUUUCGCUCCCUCAGGAGGUCUGAAACUGAUUCCAGCAGCAGUAAGAAGAAAAAGAAGGCGAUUAUCUUCAUGGUCAUUGUGCUGGUGAUGUUCCUGGUGUGUUUCACUCCCAGUAACAUCAUGCUGAUGGUUCACUACUCUCUCCUGAGUUUGAAGAUUCGGAAUCAUGCCUACAGCUUCUACAUUGUUGCGCUGUGUCUGGGCAGUUUGAACAGCUGUCUGGACCCGUUUGUGUAUUAUUUUAUCUCGGAUGAGUUCAGGGAGCACGUGAAGAACACGCUGAAGUGUCGUAGUGAACGAUCUGCUGAGAGGAUGAAGGUUUCCUUCACUCCAGUAAAAACAUCAACACUUUCAUCAUCCACACCAACAGGAGAUUCACAAAGUGGAAGUCCUCCUGAUACACCACAACCGUGACUGAUGGAGGAAGUUUGAGUUACCUGUACACGUUUGUGAAAAUAGGUUGUUUGUACCUUUUGACGUAACCCUGAAUGACAGAGUAGCUUCCAUGCUGUUUAGCUGUUUUGGGACCAGUUUAUAUAAACUAGGAGACAACAAGAAACUGGGAACCUCUCUUCAUAUAGCAAGAGCAUGCCUGUUCUACACAAUGUAAAAUUGUCCACACACCAGAAGCCCUUUCCCUCUCAUAGACUUUAGGACUUGUUAAAGCACUGGUUACUGAGUUUACGAAGGACACAAAGCUGAACAAUACCACAAUAAAAAAAUGUUGCUUAAACAGGCUGGAGCUGAUAGCUUUAUCUGAGCUGGAAAACAAGCUGUUACCUGGAAACUGCUGACGUAGUCGUAUUGAUAGAUUCCAUCUAUUUGCAUAGAAUUCUAUUGAUUUACAUGCGAUUUGCAUAAAUGUAUAACAACUGCUUGGAGGAAGUGUGUUGGUAUGUGGGAGGAGAUGUCUAAGGGUCUUCAACCCCUCACCUUGGUUUCCCUCUCUCUAUUUCUCUCUCGCACUCUCUUACUCUCUCUCUUUUGCUUUCUUACUCUCUCUUUCUCUCUCUGUCUUUAGCUUUUUACUCUUUUUUUCUCUCUUGCAUUCUCUCUUUCUCUCUCUCUCUUUUGCUUUUUUACUCUCUUUUUCUCUCUCUCGCAUUCUCUCUUUUACUUUUUCACUCUGUUUCUCUCUCUCUGUCUCUUGCUUCCUCUCUCUCUUUUUCUCUCACAUUUUCUAUCUCUCUCUCUUUUGCUUUUUCUCUUGCACUUUUUCUCUCUCUGUCUGUUGCAUCCUCUCUCUCUUUUUCUUUCUCUUUAGCAUUCUCAAGAAUUUCCCCCCGGGGAUCAAUAAAGUAUCUAUCUAUCUAUCUAUCUAUCUAUCUAUCUUCUCUCUCGCAUUCUCUCUCUCUCUCGCACUCUCUCUCAAGUAUUAUCUGGGUUGCAAAUCUGUUGACCUAUCAGGAUAUAAUUACUUGGAUAUAAUUUACUUUAAUAUAAAAUUUAAUAUAAUUUGAUGUACUUUUACUCUUUUCUAAUGGAUCUAUUCAUUUAUGUAUCUGUAAUGGUGAAAAUGUUUUUCAAGUGUUUUUUGUUCUGGGAUUGUAACAGUUAUUCACUACAACUGGCAGUUCUCACAUCCAAGUGCUGUGGUAAAUGACCCUAAAAUACUUGUAACAAUGCUCUGUAACAUUUUACUUUAUGCCACCUUUGUAUUUUUUUACAUCAGUAAAAUUACUGUUGCUUUUUUAUGAGUGUAAAGUUAAGAAGUACUUAAAGGAGCAUCUACAGUAUUUAUUGUGAACGUAUUGUUUAGCAUCAUCCAGCUUCAUGAUCUGAUCAAACAGUCUACACAGGUCAAUUUCCAAAUAAGGAUAUGAGCUUUAAAAUCUCUAUUUGAUCUGCAGAGUAAUUAAACAUUGUUGCGACAGUAAACAUGAUAUUUGUUCUUUAUGCUGCAAUAUCAGAGCACUGGCUUUUAGAUUUGCUGACGUUGCCAUUCCAUCCUGCUACCCUGUUCUACAGAACUACACAUGCUAUAAAGUAAAUAGUGUUUUCAUGGAAGUGCCCUAUGUUGAACAGUACUGUCUGCAAUCCAGCUUUAUGAUACAGGUCAUUUAUUAACCCUCAGCAGCACUGAAUAUGUUAUACUUUUAUAAUGUGAUGGAAACUCAUUUGCAUUAACUCAGAAUAAAAC